AUGGUGUCAAUGAAGAGCACGUCGUUGUCCCUGGUCUCAGGCGCAUGCCUGGCAGCCACCGCUCUCGCGGCCAACCUCACCGUUUACCAGUCUAAUGUCUCUUUCGUUCCAGUCCCACUUCCUGUACCGGGACCAGCUGCAAACUUCGAGGCAAUCAUCGAACAGUUUACCACUCUCGGCCGCACUACUGUCUGGCGCUCGGUUAAAAACAUCACCUUUCAAGGCGAUACCGGCGAGCCUGAGGGCAUGGUGGUCAUCGACGAGGAGAGAUUCAUUACUGCCCGAGGAGACUGGACAGCCCCUACCACUUCAUACAACGGCACCAUCAUAAAUGGCACCGAUCGUGCGCCUGGUGCCGGUUAUGCGCAUCUUGAGAUCUACGAUGGCCAGGGCAAACGAGUGGUCGACGCCACACUGACUCCUCCAGGGGAUAUUGAGUACCACAUCGGAGGUAUCGACUAUGAUGGGCAAUUCAUCUGGGCGACCCUGGCGCAGUAUCGUCCAAAUACCACUGCCACCAUCAUCGCCGUCGAUCCCCUGACUCUGGAAUACCAAUCAUUGAUCCACUACGCCGAUCAUCUGGGAGGCAUUGUGCAUGACACCAAACGACAAAGACUCAACACAUUGAACUGGGGCGCACGCAAUGCUUCAAUCUGGAAUCUAAACUCGACGUCCAACAAUGCGUUCCCGACAUUCUCGAAACCGGUAUCUGUCGUCCGCAAUCCCUCGUUCUUCGUCGACUACCAAGACUGCAAAUUCUUGGGCCACUCCAAACACUACGACCAGCGCGCCGUCUUGAUCUGCUCGGGUGUCGCCACCUUGGCCGGCAACAUCACAAUCGGGGGUCUCGCACUCGUUGAUUUUGAGACCAUGGUCCCGCUCUAUGAGGUGCCAUUGACUCUGACGUCGGUCCGGGGCACGCCCCUCACACAGAAUCCGUUUGAUGUGGCAUACGUGAAUGAGACUGUGAGGUUCUAUUUCUUGCCCGACCAGCACAAUUCGACGCUGUACAUCUACGAGCCGCUGAGGGAUAGUCCGUACGAGUACUGA